CAUUAGUAUUACGCCCAUCUCGAUUUCUAUGGUCCUAACCUUAAAAUAGGGUGUGAAGGAGUGAAUGUUGUGGGUGGAAGGAUUGCAUAAAUAAAAGACAAUAACAACAGUACUAUAGCAAUUUCGUCGAGACAUUUCUGUUCCAUUGAGCGUACACACGAUUUCGCACGAAAAUUUAGAACAUGGACGCUAACAAUCAAGGUGGUAAACCGUUCAAAAUAACCAAUAGCUCUAGAGAUACCAGAAAAGGUGUCGUUGCUUUGUCACUGGAGGACCUUUGCUCAAAAGUUAAUGAAAAGCUCAAUGUUGACGGUGAAAUUACUAUUGUAUUGGAGUCAGAUGGUACAGAGAUUGACGAUGAAGAAUACUUUGCUACGUUAGAGCCGCACACUAGUCUUAUGAUUUUGACCAAAGAAGAAAAAUGGUCACCGGAUACUCUUCCGUUUAAUAUAAGCGUCGAUCAGCUUGACAAUGCGAAAGGUGGAAAUGAAUUGGUUGGCUUGGUUGGAAAAUUAAAACAUAAUCUAUGUAACGUAUCUCUUCUUGGUGGUCCUGAGUUGGAGAUGUUAUCUGAUAUGGAUCCGGAGUCCAUCACUGAUAUCACUUUUCCGGACAAGAUAUUUCUUGAGCAAUUGAAGGAAGCAUCUGGUAGGUUUUUAUCUGAAAAGCGACAGGCUAGAGAUGCAAUGGAUCUCUUGAGAUUAUAUCAAGAAAAACAUGGAGAAACAGGAUAAAAUCGAGUCUGAAGGUUAAUCGUGAUCUUUAAAUUCUUUCAUCAGUUGUUAAUUUUAUUUAUUCACUGACCUAGAAAUGGGAUGAAGUAUAAAUACCUUAGGAAUUGAUAAUAGUAAACAAUUUCAACUUGGUUUCUUAACAUCCUUAUUUUAAGCAGGAUUAGAUUCAGAAUAAAAAAAUUCUAUUAUCAUGUUUGCACAACUCCUAUUGACAUAGGCACAAAUUCCCAAUUUUUCUAACUUGAUAAGGUGAUAAGUAGUAAGCCAAUGCAGAAAGUGAAAAAGUCAAUAUCCAAUUUUUAUAACUAUUCAGAUAUUAUUAGGGAACAUUUAAUUUUCGAACAACAUACCAAGAAAUAGUUCACCUAUGAAAAUUUGAUAAAGUUUUAUAAUUUUUUUUAAUCUAAGCGUACAUUUGAAAGGCUAUAAUGAAAAGAGUUUACUUUAUCAGUGAAAGGAAAACAUCUUUAGAGUAUCAAAAUCAAAACAGCUCAAUUAGGGGCAGAAAUAAACACCUUGAAAGUGCCAAAAGUAAAAUGAUGAUUGAUGCAUUAUUAGAUAUAGGAAUAAUGCAAAUGACUGAUUUUUUAGAGUAGAUUUUUAUGUGAUAUUUAAAGAAACUUGUCAUCUCUCGAAAGUUUUUUGUAUGCAUUUACCAUUUUCUCAUUGUGACAGAUCCCUGAUAUAAAUGUUCACAUAUUCGUCAUAAAUUCAACUAUUUUGCACAAAAAACUCACUCUUUUGGGAAGAAAAGGAUGUAAUGGGAAGGUUUCAACAGAAUAAUGAUUCAUAUUGAGUUUAUCCAUUACUCGUUACCAAUAUUCUUAGCAAAUUAUGAAAAAAAGUUCUGUUCAUGCCGCAUAAGAAAACUGACUUUGUUUUUCACCCAUGGUUUUUUGAAAUUCUAUAUAAACUCAAGGUGAUAAAAUUCUUCCUAUACUAAAUAAGUCAUUUGUGCUUUUGACUGAAAGAAGUCAAUGUUUAUGUAUGUACUAACAAUACUAUUGUAAAAAGACAUUGUUGUCCUUAUACAAUAAUACUAUAGUCUUGAAUUUACUGUUUUGUUCAUAUUUUUAGUCGCUACUUUAUUAAAAAGGUUUUUUCACAAUUUAAAAACUCAUCUCCUAUGUUAUCAUCUCAUUCAAAUCGUUAUCAAUUUAAAAUAUUUUCAGUAAAACAUUAUUUAUGACACCCCUGUGGAUGUAUAAGUGUCUUCGGAAAUAUCAUCAGUUUCCACUGCCACUCAAUUUUUAAGAUGAUAGUUUGAAUGUGGGAAGUUACAGGAGGAAUUUUUCUGAUGUAUUAAGGGUAUACUUUUUCGCUUUAUAGGUGUGACUGUAACUUUAGUGGAGUCGACCCCAAAUGUAACAUUCCUAAAGGUUCAUAUUUCUGUAGUAAUGAAGAGCAAACCCUUGUACCGAAUUUUGUAAUCUUUUUAAUACAGUAUUAUUACCGAAAA